AUGGUUCAACUAGUGGGAAAAAAUCAUCAAAAUGUCUUUUUCAUCAACAAUACCCCACCACCAUUGGAAAUAACAUCAACUAUUGGUACUGGUACUGGUACAUCAACAACAGGUAAGACACCAACUACAAUAACAACAACACUAACAUCACCAUCAUCAUCUGAAUCAACUAUUACAAAUUCAUAUAAUUGCAAUUCAACAAUAACAACAACAACAACUACAAAUUUUCUACUACCAAAUCGUCAUCUUUCAUCAACAAUAACUCCAUUUCAUAAUCAUCCUAAUCAUUUUAACGACAUGUACGAAUAUAAUGUGUCAAAAUACAAUAAUGACGACGACAUCAAUAAUGGAGUCAGCUUAAGAAAAUUAACAAAUAAUUGUACCACAACUGCCACUACAACACCACUUAUCAAUAAAACCGACAGAAUCCUUCUACCACCGUCAACGCCAAAAGUUAUGGACUCCUCACAAACAACCACAACACCAGCAGCACCAAUUAUGACUACAGCCCUUUGUAGGCAACAUUCAAACUUACCCCUAAGUGCAGGACUCAAAUCGAUGUUGUCGAAAAAUUUCAAAACUCGUCCUAGACGAGAAUCGACUUAA